UCCUAGUAAUGUUGAAUAGCGUAACUGGGUCAGUGAGGUGCUUGAUUCCGUACAGUGCAUGUCUGUGAUUACAUGUGUGCAUCUGUGCAUGCAAAAAGUUUUUUGUUUUUUCCCCCCAAGUAAUGAAAUUAAAUAACGGUUCGUCUCAGCUCACCUUCCUGGACCCAAGCACCUUCUGUUACAUUGGUGUUCUGUUUUUUUUUUUUCUUCCCUAAUCCGUUACUCAUCCAUAAAUGCUUCUGGAACUUUAACGACGAGCAAAACUAUUUUCAAGGAUGGUUUAACCCGGUCACAGAUUGCAGUGUGGAGUACCUGCAGCGAAGAAGAAGACGUCGUUCUCAGACAGUUUGGGACUUAUGGUUUGAGUUUUCCUUUGGUGGUCAUCUAUUGUUUUGUUGCAUCAAGACCAUGGCUCACACUAAGUGGAAGGGCUGGUGGAUAGUGCUAUUGCUGUGUUUCCUGCUGGUGUGGAUUGCUGAUGGGAAUGUGGGUUUAUCUCCAGAUAAAGGAGUAGCAUCGCCAUCCUGCUAUGGAGGUUUUGACCUCUACUUCGUCCUGGAUAAGUCUGGAAGUGUGCAGCAUCACUGGACUGAGAUCUAUAAUUUUGUGGCACAUCUGGCUCAUAAAUUCAUUAGCCCACAGCUUCGAAUGUCCUUCAUCGUUUUUUCCACCGAGGGCCGGAUUCUCAUGCGGCUAACAGAGGACAGAGACAAAAUUCGCAUAGGUCUGGAGGAGCUCCAACGAGUUCUGCCAGGAGGAGACACGUUCAUGCAUGAGGGUAUUCAAAGGGCAAGUGAACAGAUUUACUAUGGGAACACUGAGGCAGGGUACCGGACAGCGAGCGUCAUCAUCGCACUCACAGAUGGAGAAUUGCAUGAGGAUCUCUUCUACUACGCUGAAAGAGAGGCCAAUCGUUCCCGAAGCCUUGGUGCCUCAGUCUAUUGUGUAGGGGUGAAGGACUUCAAUGAGACCCAGCUUGCCAAGAUUGCAGACAGCAAAGAUCAUGUUUUCCCAGUGAAUGGUGGGUUUGAGGCUUUGCAGAGUGUGAUCGAUUCGAUCCUGAGAAGAUCUUGCAUUGAGAUCCUUGCAGCAGAACCUUCCAGUAUCUGCGCUGGAGAGUCAUUCCAGGUUGUCGUGAGGGGGAAUGGCUUCCUCCAUGCCAGGAAUGUGGAUAAAGUCCUGUGCAGCUUCAGAAUUAAUGACACCCUCACUAGGAUGGUAAAGCCAUUGGUAGUGGAGGACACAUACCUUCUGUGUCCUGCUCCGAUACUUAGAGAAGAAGGAACGGCGGCUUCCCUUUACGUGAGCAUGAACGAAGGCCUUAGUUUCAUCUCUAGCUCUGUGACCAUCACCACUGUGAGCUGUUCUGAUGGCACAAUCCUGGCUAUAGCUCUGCUGAUUCUGAUGCUCCUGCUGGUGUUGGCUCUUCUCUGGUGGUUCUGGCCUCUUUGCUGCACAGUGGGAACAUGUGGUCUGACACAGCAGUGCAAGAGCAUUCACAUCAUCCACGAACCCCCACCACCUCCAAAAGAGGACAGUUCGGAUGAAGAGGAUGACGGUGCACCGAAGAAGAAGUGGCCAACAGUAGAUGCUUCCUACUAUGGAGGGCGUGGAGUCGGGGGGAUUAAAAGGAUGGAGGUACGCUGGGGUGAGAAGGGAUCAACUGAAGAGGGCGCUAAACUUGAAAAGGCAAAGAACGCCAGGGUGAAGAUGCCAGAACAAGAGUUUGAAGCUCCACAGUCCCGGGUCCUGAACAACGGAAUGCAUAAACUGCAGAGCCCUCGCAAAUGGUAUUCUCCAAUCAAGGGUAAACUGGAUGCCCUGUGGGUUCUGCUGAAGAAAGGCUAUGACAGAGUGUCCAUCAUGAGACCACAACCAGGAGACAAGGGUCGCUGUAUGAACAUCACACGCCUUAAGUCAAGCUCGUCUCCGCAUUAUCCAGCGUACAACCACCACACGCCGAUCUACACCCCCCAGCAGGGCUGCACCACUCCUCCUCCUCCCCAGAGUCAGCUGCCCCCUCCACCCUGCAGCCCAACAUCCUCUCUUCCUCCUCUCUCCAUCACUCCGUCUCCACCCAUCACUCCUCCUCCAUCAUACACCCCUCCGUCAGCCUGGUCCUCGUCGUCCGCUCCCGUUUUCUUCGAUUCACCUUCUCCUCCAUCCUCACCCACAGGACCGCUGCCUCCUCCCCCACUGGCCCCACCUCCAUGCCGAGCCCCUCCUCCUGACCGCCCUCCACCACGCCCUUCCCUCUAGGGCUUUGGAGGUGAGUGGAGAAGUGGAAUCAGGAAAUCAGUGGGAGACGCGAGUCUCUCUCCUUUAACCUUCUUGUUGUCUAGCUGUGUGGCCUUUGACAAUAAAAACUUAAUGACUGGUCCACCAGUGGGAACAAACACAAGGGAACAGACUACGUCUUCAAUUUCAGCUACAAAACGACAGGAACCACAGCACAGACUAAAACAAUAUUAUAGACCACACUGAACACCACACACAAGUCUUUAAAGCAGGCUUUCACAAUGGACCACUACUAUUUAACCCCAUGUGUCCAAAAGACAGGAUGGACAUUCCUCUGAAGCCAUUUUCAAUGCAAAAUAAAUAAAUAAAUAAACGGACUAGUGAAUGUUCCAUAUACAGAAUCUAUUUAAUGGGAAAAGUUGCAAUAUGUGCACAUUUGUUCACUCAUACAACUAAUACGCAUUUAUGAAGCUUUUUUUUUUAUUAUUAUUAUAAGGAGAACCAUAUACAAAUGAAACAGAAUCCAGUCUCUAAAUCUACUCGAGAAACUUCUCUGCAAAUCCUGACCGCCAACUGCCCAAGGAAGCAUGUAGAUAACGUGUAUUAAAACUCUCAAGCCCUUGAUCGACUCAGAUCCAUAAAAACAAGUACUAACCGGUGUAAUCUGACAGUGAUUAGUGGGUAAUUCUUUUACAAAGAAUAGUCAGGCAAAUAAGUUACGAUGCAAUGACACAGACACACGUGUGUGUGCUCUGUUAAUAAGGAAUUUGUAAAAAUAAAUAAAUAAAUAAAUAAAUAAAUUCUAAAGAAGAUAUGUAAUGAACAUCAUAUGGAUCGAUCUUUACUGCGGUGGAAGUAACUCAUCAGGCAUUCUUCUUAUUAAAAACGGUUUUUAUUUUGUCUUCAAGUGAGAGAAACAGCUGCAACAAAUUUAGCACCUGCUCUUCGGUGGUAUUACUUUGCACAUACGUUUGCUGUUUAUUAGGUCGUACGCAAAAAAUGGUGUUAUUUUGGUGACGUCCUGUCAAGUUUGGACAUUUUUCACACACAAACGUCGAGUGAACCAGGCGCUCAGGCAUUCAGUAUUAAUACCCACACCCAUAUGUGACAGUGUUAAUGUAACGUACUUUGAUAUUGUAGGUUUAGGCUCAUUGUUGUAUGAUUUCUUUUUUUUUUUUUUAAACGUUCACUUCUUUUCCUCACAUUAUUCAAUGUUGGGUAUUUGCUUGUGAGAUAGUCUUUUCAGUCCAAGAAUAUUGGAAUAUCACGUGCUGGGGUUUAUUUCUUAGCAUAUCAGUGCACAAUCCACAUUUGUUAAGACGUACAAGUGCACAACCACCUUAUCACACUUUUAUACAUGCAUUAUGUAUAAAUAUAUGUACCCCUUGCCUUUUUUCCCCCUGUGUUUUUAUGCAAGGUCAUGUGAUCAAAUAUUUGUUCUUUAUUUGUUUCCUUAACUGUAAUCUUCGCAUCACAUGCCAAGAGGAGUCCUCAUUUAAGUCUUUGUUAGAAUACAGUAAGCUUUCUAACUGGCCUUAAUAUCCAUUUUCCUUCAGAAAAUGGACGGGAAUCCUCGUUUCUUACCAACAAGACCGGUCCCAGCCAAAAAUGUGUUUGAAUGACGUGUUUGUUUUUGCUCUGUACCUGUUGUAUAUACUUCGCGUCACUGUGUUAUGAUCUGCUGUUCUGCGUUUUCAGAUUUUCGGUUUUACUUUCAGCAAUAUUCGGCUCCUAAAUUAUUACAAAACGUGUUAUGACGUCUAACGUAGGACUGUGUACACAAAUCACUGUCUGAUACACAAAUAUGAGGACAGCAGAGGUUUUGGCAUUUCGCUCCUUUUUUUUUUUUUUUUUUUUUGUUCUGUAUCAUUGACUAAACUAGUGAUAAAUAAGAGCUUGCUUUGUUCUUUGUGUUUCGAGCGCUGUGGUUGAAUUUAAAGAGGAUGGAAAUGGAAACCUCAUAUCGGCGAGCGGAAAGGACGGGAUUAUUUUCUCGGAAACGGCAGACGGACAGAAGUACGUCUCUUUUAACUUUGCAGGGACACAAAUACUGAAAAUGUAUCAGCUGGUAAAUUUGUGUAGGUGUAUAUAUACUGUAUAUGCAUUAGUACAUGUGCCUGUAUGUGUGCUUCUCUUUUUAUAAAUGCAUUUGAUAAACUGGC